AUGGAUGCAAGCGAGCAGAUCUCUGAGCAAACCGCUGAACUGGUGCUUCGGAAAGCGAUUGAAUUAUUGUGUGCACAUGCGGGAUUUCUUGAGGUUGAUAGUCGAGCAGUGAAUUUGUUGGCCAGGUUGACAGCGUCGAAACUUACCGAAUUCGGUCGGAAUUGUAAAAUUUCAAAUGUUCGUCGGAUACGUGGUCAAGAGACUGCGUUUACGAUUUAUCUAAGCACCGCAUCAUCUUCAUAG